CAGCGUGGCUUAGUCUGAGUCUGUAUCUUCUCAGUGCUGUAGAAGGGAAGUUUGUAGUGCUGUUAGAAGUGACUUGUCGUGUUCUGUGUUCCGUUCAUGUAAGUGCGUCUGUAUUUGUAAACCUCAGUACGACAGCUUACAGGAAUUUUCACACUUGGCAGUUACCGAACAACCGAAUUUUGGAUUACAGAUUACAUUCGAAUGUUUGAAGAAUGCGGAACCACUUGCUUGGGUGAUUUCAAUGAGGAACUAUGAUGAAUACAAGUUAUUCUCAUCACAAGCCUGGUCGAGGGUGUUUUUUCGUUUGGAUUGUAUAAUAAGAAUCCAACAGACAUACUCGGCAUGAAGACCGAAGAAAGAAAUACUACUAAUUCAUCACGGGUACGGAUAGCCGUGUUGGGAACAAUCAACGUUGGAAAAUCAGCUUUGACCGUCCGCUACUUGACACGAAGAUUCAUUGGAGAAUACCGAUCGAAUACUGAUCUGUUGUACAAGCAGACAAUGAUGAUCAACAACGCACCUGUUGAGCUGGAAAUAAUCGACGUCUCUGGAGAAUCGAGAGACGCAUGCUUCCCAGUAGAGCAGGUGCAGUGGGCUGAUGCUUGCGUGGUUGUCUACUCGAUAACUGACAAGCAGAGCUUUAGCUACGCUCUGGAGGCAUUGGAUCAUCUGCAGAAGCAGCGACCUGUCUCUUCUGUUCCUGUCAUACUUCUCGCCAACAAAGCUGAUCUCGAACACCUUAGAGAGGUGGACGAGAUCGAGGGCAGAACUGCGGCAAUCCAGUACGGCUGUCAGUUCUUCGAGGUGUCGGUGGCCGAGAACAGUGCAGACCUGUACCAGGCGUUUGAGGUGCUUCUGAACGAGUCGAGGUGUCAGCAGGGCAACAACAAGACCCGAAAGUUCUCCGUUUCCAAGAUGAUCGGCACGCUGAUCGGCGGAGGCGGCAACAACAAGGAACAAAAACAAUUCCAAGGUGGCACUGUUGUUGUCUGCCAAAAGUCAGACCUGCACCGCAACAGAGUCCUCAAGAGACGCCAGAACUACACAGCUACCGCCUCGUUGUGAUGCCACAGUCCAUUGAUCACCGACAAACAAUGAACGGACAGAUUUUAUGAUGAAUCUUUCCUUUUGGUGUCACACAGUUGACUAAUUGUUGCCGGCAGCUUCGACUUUUUCGCUGGUUGAAAGCCAACAAGACUCUGGGCACGAUUGUGGAUAUGACUUUCAAUUACCUAUUUUAUUGUAGGUACUUGUAAAUGCACUCACAAAGAGAAAUCAGUCUUGAAUGUUGUCGAAGUAGUUGAAUCAUCUAAGAUUCUAAAUAAUUUGGUAAAUCUGUGAUAUUCCUGUACUAUAGCUUGAUCUGGAAAAUAUCUUUAUCUGAAUAAAUUGAUUUUGUUUCGAAUGGGUUCCACUUGAAAAAUAAUAAUUCAAUUUUCAUUUGCUUUUUAAUAGAACUUUAUUUCUGGCGAAAUUAACGAUAGUCAAUUUGUAUAAGCUAUUGAAUAUUAUCUUAUAUCUCAUUGAAUAAAAAUUAGCUUGAUUACGGUAAGCAACGUAUUGAAGAGAUAGUAUCUUCAUCUUUUUAUCAACAUUAUAGUAAUGGAUUGCAAAGAAAUAUAUUCUUAUAGAAUUCACAAUACAAUCAUAUCCAGCCUAUAUGGCAUAUCUUCAACACAAUAUUGCUGUCUAACUCUGAAUAAUUUCAUUGCUCUCAAGUUAUAUGAUUAAUCAUUCAAUGAGUACAUUGAUCAAAUUUGAGCAUUUAUCAGCAUACUAGUGAUACUCUUAAGAAUCUCCUGACUGAUCAUCAUCUCUCAUUCACCAUAUCACUCUCACUCCCUCUUUUUUGCUUUCUCUUUCGUUAUAGCCCAUACGGACUAUUUCCUAGUAUCUAGUACUAUAGCAUCUCAAAUCAUUCACAGAACUCAACAAUAGUAGCAUAUCAUAGGAAAAACACAGGUACAGAAUUAUUUUACUCUAUGUAUACAAUAAGAAUCCAUGAAUUUGGUUGUCGUAAUCCCAUAAUAUCAUGUUCAUCAUAAAUAUUAGUUACGGUACAUGAAUCCAUGAAAUUGGUUGUCUUAGUUAUUUAAAUUACUGCUAUUUGAAAAUAUUUAAAUAUCCUCAUAACCUUUACGGAAAGAUGAGAGUAUUAGGUUGGUAAGUGGUGCACUGACACACAGCACCUCAUAAAAAUAUACAGAUUAAUUAAGGUAAAAAUAUGUUGGUUAAUUCUAGCAUGUGGAACUAGCAAUUAGAAAAUCAGUUUAGUAAUCUUUGUUGACCAUUCCAAGUCUUUCUUCGAGAGUCUUUGGCUUACAUGCAUGCAAAGGAAUUUUUAUAACGUGUAACUUAAAGUAUCAAUAAUUUAGAUGAGAUGAUAUCAUUUUUUGUAGCGUAUGAUAAAGUUGUGAGAAAUAAGCCAUUAAAUUCGAAAAAACUGUAACACAUUUCUCCUGAUUAUUGGACUGCACAAAAUAAUGAUUUUCGUAAAAAAGAAUAUAGAUAAUAUAUUGAAUAUCAACAAACAUUCCAUGUCAGACAUUGAAAAUGUCUAGUUAGGUACCCUAUCAAUCAACAAUAAACUGUCUAAAGCUCUACCCAUUGGCAGUUCUAAAUACAUAAAAAAUUAGGAAAUCAUAACAUCAAAAUCCCUAAAUGUAAUAAUACAUUUUUUCUUUUAAAUUAGAUUAGUAACUACCUAUAUAAUUUUAAAAUUACUCACCAAUCUGUUGAAACAGAUUCUUAAGAACUGAAAGCAAUGUUUUUGAAUAUAUAAAAAUUGCUGUAUUUUUGUUACUACUGUCGCCUACAUUCUAUAUAGUCGGAUUUGUCUAUUUCUAGAAUGACUACUACAUGAAGAAAUAAUUAUAAAAAGAUUUAUUCUAUCUUCACAUUAUAUUAUAACAUUGUGUAUUUUUUUUAAAUUGGCUGAAAAUCCUCCAAUCACUCCUUCAACUACUUUUUAUCUGAAACAUCAUCUCCAUAGGGAGUGCAAGAAUAUAAGGAGAUUGAUUCCACGAUAACUUUGCUAGCUAUAUUAUCAAUAAGUGAUUUUUAUCAUUAAAACUGAUUGUGUAUCAAAACAUGCAUAUUUUCAUGUAGCCUAUUGUGACAAUGUACUACUAAAUCAUAAUGUGAAAAAUCGUAUUAAUGAAUCUCUUAUUUGUACAUAUAAUCUAUGAUUAAUAUGUUCUCUAUAAAAUAAUAGAUACUCAACUCUGUAAUCUUGUAUUAUGUAUGUAUAAUACGCUAGUCAUCAUGUAUGACAAUUAUAUGUAUGAUAAAAGAAUAGUUUGGCUGUGAGGAUAGCCUUUGUCAGAGGUGGUAACUUCUUCAGAGUUAAUGGAGUUAGAAAAAUCAGAAAAUUGGCCUACAGUUUCCAUUGAAAAUUUUACAUAAAUAAAUUAGUCAUUUAUAUCAAAUAGCUCCCACAUUCUUUGCUUGAAAAAUGUUUGUAAGUGUGUUUUGGAUAUAAAUUAUUUGGUUCAAAUUACUAGAUUAUUUUCAGUGAUUUGUUUAACUCAUCUGUUGGAGUGUAUCUUCCUAUUAAAAAUUCUCUUUCCCUUGAGAGUUGUAAUUUCCAGUAUAAAUGAAGUAGGCCUAUGUAGAAAUUACUUAAUUCGAAAUUUACUACCCAAAUUAUCGAUAAUAUUUAUUAGAACGCACUACCGAUAUUCAAGAAUUAAUAACUAAAUCAACCAAUGAAGUAGUAGAUAAGAUUUCAAUUGAACAUUUGUCGGAUUUUUGGCUUUCCAAGUAAUUUCUAAUUUCUAAACGGUUUCUCACUAUCCAUGGAAGGAACAUUCAAAUUUAAUAAAUAUAGGCUACUGUAUAGGCUAUUAGUUUAUCAAAUAUAAUGAUAUUCGCAAAUCACUUGUAUACUCAAAUAUGUGAAUAAAUUAUAAUUUUAUAAAUAACACAAAAUGUCUACUUGAAGAUUAGAUUUGUUACUCGUGAUGAAGAAAAAUGAUUCUGCCUUGGAAAUGAAUUAUUUUUGUCUUGUAUCGUACCGGUAUGUCUAUAACGUAUUGUAUCUUGCAUGAUGAAAAAUAUUAUAGAAUGAUUUGUGUUCAAAAAUACGUAGUACAGUUCAAGUUAAUGUUAUUCGGUUCAAAAAUAUUAUUACUAAUGUAUGAUGGCUGUGAUUAAAAUAAGUAAUCUUGUGAAGAUUAUAAACUGUAUUUAUUGUAAUAAUGAUAAUUUUAUAGAUUAAUUUGAUGUGAAUUAAAUACUUCAGCCUUUACAGAA